AUGGUGACUGCGUCUCUACGAUUGAGCUCGCGACAUGCGUACCAGAAAUCUCUGUGUUUGCCGAAGACCAAGUUUUCUAAUCGAUCAAAUCUGCAGAAAACCAUUGAUGUGUUGAUCCCACAAUGCUCGCAGCAAGUUUACCAAGAGCAGUUCAACGCAUUCCUGCAGCAUGCAGCAGCACUGGAUCCGCCCGAAAGAACGAAAUUUGUACAAGACAAGCUCUUUGUUUUACACGAUGGCCCACCGUACGCCAAUGGAGAUCUCCAUCUGGGCCAUGCCUUGAACAAAAUACUGAAAGAUUUCAUAAACCGAUUCCAGCUUUUGAAGGGGAAAUACGUGUAUUACAAGACUGGAUGGGAUUGUCAUGGGUUGCCCAUUGAGCUGAAGGCGUUGCAAAAGCUGGCUGCCGGACAAAAUCGACUAUCUGCCUCGAAAGUUCGGUCCCUGGCCGCUGAACAUGCUCGGAAAACCAUCAAAAGCCAGAGAAAUCAGUUUGAAAAAUUUGCCAUUGCCACGAAUUGGGAUGACCAUUACGAAACCAUGCAGAGGUCGUUCGAGCUUCAUCAAUUGGACAAUCUCAAAAAGAUGAUUCACACGGGACUGAUCAAACGACAAAAUAAACCAGUCUACUGGGGUACUGAGACCAAAACUGCGUUGGCAGAGAGCGAACUCGAAUACAAGGAAGACCACCUUUCGAUUUCAGCGUAUGUGAAGUUCCCACUGACUACGGCGUCCUGCUUUUUCUUGCAAAAGUUUUGUUCAUUAGACUCGCAGAAAGGAAUAGACGUAGUAAUUUGGACGACAACACCAUGGACAAUCUUUGCUAACGAAGCUAUCUGUUUUAAUAAGAAUCUAGAGUACGGCAUUUACGAUUUUGGGGACAAAUAUGUUUUAUUGCAGAGCGAAUUCGAUGUGCAGACACUUAGCGACAAGCCUGCAGACCUCGUUGCAUUGAUUACUGGAGCUGAGCUGGCACAACUCAAAUAUACAAGUCCUGUGAUGAAUGAUGUUCGUGAGAGGCCCCUGAUGCAUGGCGACCAUGUAAGCCAAACGGCAGGAACAGGCCUUGUGCACACUGCUCCCGGCCACGGGUUCGACGACUAUGCUAUUGGUGUUAAAAAUGGUCUUCCGAUCUUUUCGCCGGUGGAUAAUGAAGGUCGCUACCGACUUGACGUCUUGCCUGACGCUCUACAAGAAAACCUUAGAGAGCCUGGAGAAGUCUACGCCAGAAAAGUGCUCUCGGAAAACACUACACAGAAGGUUUUGGAACUUUUGCGUCAGUGCCAGAUGCUUUUGAAAAGCGAAAAGUACGUGCACUCGUAUCCAUACGAUUGGCGAUCCAAGAAGCCAGUCAUUAUAAGAGCCACCCCCCAAUGGUUUGCAGAUCUUACAGACGUCAGGGGCUUGGCGCUUGAGGGUCUUAAAAAUGUUUGUUUUUAUCCAGAAAGAGGCCACACUCGGUUGGCGUCAUUCAUAAAGUCCAGAACCGAGUGGUGCAUAUCUCGUCAGCGAUCAUGGGGUGUUCCCAUUCCUGCAUUUCACAAACGUGAUAAUCCCGAAGAGGUCCUGAUGAAUGAGGAGACUGUCGAGCAUGUCAUAUCCGUCAUAGCAUCGAAGGGCAUCGAUGCCUGGUUCAAAGAUGACGACGGCGAUAUGAAAGAAUGGCUUUUGCCCAAAUACCACGACGUGGCACAUCUAUACUGCAGGGGUAAAGACACAGUUGACGUGUGGUUUGACAGUGGCAGUACGUGGAAGGAAUUGGAGCAUUUUUACAUCAAUGAGUUAGGUUUGGAGAAGGCACCCACACCGCUUGCCGAUGUCUAUCUUGAGGGCUCGGAUCAGCAUCGGGGCUGGUUUCAAAGCUCUCUACUCACACGAGUAGCGACUAGUAACCUACCACAGGCGCCAUAUGGAACUCUUGUUACACACGGAUUCACAUUGGACGAAAACGGGAUCAAGAUGUCGAAGUCUAUUGGGAACACUGUUUUGCCUGAAAGUGUCAUCAAGGGCGACGAAAAACGCGGCAUUCCGGCUCUUGGCGUGGACGGAAUGCGACUUUUGAUUGCACAAGCAGACUUCACGACCGACGUUGUUAUAGGGCCCACCGUUACACGGCGCGUAGCAGAAUCUUUGAAAAAGCUCAGACUAACUUUCAAAUUUAUACUGGGAAACUUGCAACAAUCCGAGCACGGCUACAAGCUUCUGGACUUUGACAACCUGAGAUCCCUGGACCAGUAUACACUGAGCAAACUCAAAGAGUUGAACGACGAGGCCUUGAAGCAUUACGAGUCUUUCAAUUUUUCCAAAGUGCUGACUGCUGUCAUGUAUCAUAUGAAUAACCAUCUUUCGGCCUUCUAUUUCGACAUCGUCAAGGACUCACUUUACGCUGACGCUGUUGGAGGUCUGAAAAGACAGCAGGUGCAAACGACAUUGUUCCACAUCUUCGACACUUACAGAAGCAUUUUGGGCCCAAUCUUGCCGGUAAUGGUCCAAGAAGCCUGGAACUUUCUGCCUCGUGACUGGCACCAAGAUACCAGUACUACACAUGGUUCCACACCUCAAAAUUCCCCGCUACUACGUCCCUGGGCGCGUCUCCAAGCUCCAGUGUCGCCAGAACAAUGCCAAAAUUUCGAGCAAAACGAAUUGAGAAUUUUGGAACUCUUCAAUCAGGAAUUCAAAAAAAUAAAUGGCCUCACCAAAACCGCUCAAUCCCAGGCUACAAUACUACUUCGUGACGAUACAAAAUUCCCUUUUUCCGCAGAUUCGUUGGCAGAUAUACUCCAGGUUGGCCAUUUGCGCAUAAAAAAGGCGUCCUCUCAUCCUGGAGCUCGCUUCAAAUUGGGCACAGGAGCCGAAGUGAGUUUAGUGGUCGAACCCAGCGAGCUUCACGAAUGUCCCAGAUGCUGGAAACACAACUCGCUGACACCGGAGUCGCUGUGCGAACGCUGUGACGCCGUAGUCGUCAGGUGA